AUGGGCGAAAUGGAUGAUGUCGUAGAAGGAAAAGGUGGUAGUACGACGGAAGAUGAUCAAAUGAAAAAUUUUGUCAAUUCCGGCCGUAGUGGCAGACGGAAUGCUAUACCGGAAGUUGACGCGGAAGGGAUAGAUCCGGGUGCUGCAAAACUUGCAGAACGCUUAUCAUCAAUGAACACAGUUAGCCGAGAUGAUUGCACUAUAAGUGAUGCUACAGGAGAAAAAGAUACGGAUAGUUAG